AGGAUAGCAGACUCCGACAUGGCCAUCACCGACGACCCCACGGCUCUCAAGCUUGAGGAUCUGCCAGAGUUGCUGAAGAAUGACACGAGCGUCAAGCUGGCAGGAUGCGACAUUGACGGUAUCCUGAGAGGCAAGCUGGUCUCCAAGAAGAAGUUCCUCUCCAUCGCGUCGUCUGGAUUCGGCUUCUGCUCUGUCAUCUUUGGCUGGGAUAUGCACGACCAGACAUACUUCAAGGAACUCAAGAUCUCGAACAAGGAGAAUGGAUACAGAGACCUCACCGCCCAGAUUGACCUGGCCAGUUACAGAAGGAUACCUUGGGAGAACAAUGUGCCUUUCUUCCUGGUCAGCUUUUACGAGCCUGAGGGACAAUCCGUGUCUGCUUGUCCAAGAAGUGUCUUGGGGAGAGCCGUCGACAAAAUCCAGGCCAAGGGCAUGAGUGCCAUGGCAGGAGCCGAGUACGAGUUUUACCAAUUCAGAUCNCCCUCUGAUCCCACCGCUUCCGAGCGCAACUCGUCCAGCACAGCCAAGUUCCUCAAGGAGAACCCUCCCUCCGCUCUACCAUCUCUGACCGAAGGCAUGUUCGGAUACAGUGUGACAAGACCGGUGCACAACCAAGACUACUACUACGGCGUUUACGAUGCUUGUGAGAAGUUCAGAUGCAACAUUGAAGGAUGGCAUACCGAGAGUGGUCCCGGUGUCUUUGAGGCUGCUCUCGAGUUUGGCGAGAUCAGAGGCAUGGCAGACCGAGCAGCUUUGUUCAACAAAUUCGGCAUCACACCUUGCUUCAUGGCCAAACCUCGCGAGAAUCUGCCAGGAAACAGUGGCCACAUGCAUGUUUCUCUGUGCAACCCAGACACAAAUCAAAAUCUCUUUGCACGCAGCGAACCCGAUCCCAACGCUCCUUAUGAGGACAUCAAGCACCUCUCCGACCUAGGCCGCCAUUUCCUUGCCGGUCUGAUCGAGGGUCUUCCCGAUGUCAUGCCGAUCUUUGCCCCUACGAUCAACAGCUACAAGCGUCUUGUUGAGAAUUUCUGGGCACCUGUUACUGUAAGCUGGGGCUUGGAACACCGUGCUGCGAGUAUCCGUCUUAUUGCACCACCUACCGCUUCACCAAAAUCUACUCGCUUCGAAGUCCGUGUGCCUGGCGCAGACACAAAUCCAUACCUCGUGCUGGCGACCAUUCUUGCAUUGGGGUGGAGAGGUGUAGAGAAGAAGCUUGAGAUUCCGAUUCCGCCGUUAGGCAAGGGUGAAGAUGUUGGCGGUGCAUCGGAUAAGGGUGUCAGACUAGCCAAGAGCUUGAGAGAGGCAACCGAGAAAUUCAAGAGCAAGGACAGCAUUGCGAGAGAAGUCUUCGGCGACGAUUUUGUCGAUCAUUUCGCCGGAACUCGCGAACACGAACUCAGACUAUGGGAUGAGGCAGUCACGGAUUGGGAGUUCAAGCGCUAUAUUGAGACAGUGUAG